AUUGCCACAGGAGUUCAAAAGUUUGUACGCGUUUACCGACACCGUAUUUUCGCAAAUGGCUUCCAUUCUGCGUAGAUCGAGCCUCCUGUUGGCUGACAUCGCCAGCAAAUCAUCCCCUAAGGUGCUUGCCACAGGAUGUCAAAAACGCCAUUUGAACGUGCAGGAACACGUCUCAUACUCCUUCCUGAAUGAAGCGGGAAUUCCAACACCCAAAUUUGGAGUAGCAACUUCUGGAUCGGAGGCAAAAAAAAUUGCAACUGAUCUUAAAACAAAAAACCUUGUUCUAAAAGCACAAGUACUAGCCGGUGGUCGAGGUAAGGGAAGUUUCAAAAAUGGUUUGAAAGGAGGUGUUCGCGUAGUGUUUUCACCACAGGAAGCCGAAGACAUCUCGAGCAAAAUGAUCAAUCAAUUACUUGUGACGAAACAAACGGGAGCAGCGGGACGUAUUUGUAAUUCGGUGAUGGUGGCCGAACGAAAAUUUCCUCGUCGUGAGUUCUACUUUGCUGUUAUGAUGGAGCGAGCGUUCAAUGGCCCAGUUCUGAUUGCAUCGUCUCAAGGUGGUGUUAACAUUGAAGAAGUUGCCGCUGAAAAUCCAGAUGCGAUUGUCUACGAACCUAUUGACAUCAACAAAGGAUUGCAAAAGGAUCAAGCGAUUCAAGUUGCCAAGAAGGUAGGACUUCAGGAUAAGUUGGAGGAAACUGCUAAAAUGUUACUCAAUAUGUACGAUCUGUUCGUCAAGAAGGAUGCUUUAUUGAUUGAGAUUAAUCCAUAUGCUGAAGAUGCCGCGGAAACAUAUUUCGCCCUUGAUGCAAAAAUGCGCUUUGAUGACAACGCGGAAUUCCGCCAGAAGGACCUUUUCGCUAAACGCGAUCUAUCGCAGGAGGACAAGAAAGAGGUAGAAGCAUCUAAAUUCGACCUAAACUACAUCGCUCUCGACGGCUCAAUUGGUUGUCUUGUGAAUGGUGCUGGUCUAGCGAUGGCAACAAUGGACAUCAUCAAACUGCAUGGUGGUGAUCCAGCCAAUUUCCUAGACGUUGGAGGUGGUGCGAGCGUGAAAGCCGUCAAGGAAGCGUUUAAAAUCAUCACGUCCGACCCGAAAGUACAUGCCAUUCUGGUCAACAUUUUCGGCGGAAUAAUGCGUUGCGACGUAAUCGCUGAGGGUAUCAUUCAAGCGACCAAGGAACUUAACAUCAAAAUGCCAAUCAUUGUUCGAUUGCAAGGAACAAACGUGAACGAAGCGAAAGAUCUUAUAAAGAAGUCUAAGCUGAGAAUUCUCCCGAAGGACGAUCUUGAUGAAGCUGCCAUGCUAUCGGUACAUUUGGCUCAGAUUGUUCAUCUCGCUCGCGAGGCUCAUCUGGAUGUAAGCUUUGAACUACCAGACAGCUACGUCGUCUAAUCUUCAAACGUACGUCAUCUAUCGUAACGAUUAGUAUCGUGGCCCUACAAGUAUCUAUCAUGUCUCGUCAAGCAUUAAUUUGUCGAUUGAUUUGUCCACAACUACCGAGGGACGGCUCUUGAUGUGUGUAUUUAUUGCUGUAUCGUAUGGGUUCAACCAGGUCACUUUUGCAACUCGUAAGCGCACCGUUAACAUGCUGCGGCAUCAUCUUUGAAGAACCAUGCUCGAUGGAAGAACCUUCGAAAUUUGGAUUACUGUUACCAUCAAUAAAUAUGACUACAACGUUGAACG